UGAGCUACUGGCAAGAGGCCGGGACCAUGAAGAGUGGAGAGAGGAAUGUCUCCGGAGAGAACUGGAAAAAAUCAAGACUGAUCAAUUGUUCCACAGCAGUUUUUCCCGGAGUAAAUCCGGAUCUGGGAGUUCAGCAACAGUGGCCGGAGUCGCGGGGAUCGGAAAAACAACAAUGGUGCAAAAGAUUGUUCAUGACUGGGCCACAGGGAAAAUAUACCCACACUUCCAGUUUGUCUUCAGUUUCAAAUUCCGGGAUUUAAACACGCUUAAUUGUUCAAUAAACUUGUCGAACCUGAUAGUAGUUUUCUACCCUUACUUGAGGAACGCACUGGAUUAUAUCUGGAAGAACCCAGAGAGAUUGUUGUUUAUAUUCGAUGGUCUGGAUGAAUUUAAGAGCAAGAUCGAUUUUGCUGACAAUUGCACAGAACAGCAGCACAAGUGCCCAGAUCCCGAUGUCCGUUGCAAGGUGUCUGACAUUGUGUACAGUUUAAUACAGCACAAGCUGCUCCCAGGGUGUUCAGUGCUAAAUCUGCAGCCUUCCCAGUUCCUGUCCGGGUUCCUGAUGGAACUUUUGGAGAGAGAGGAUUCAGUCCGGAGCGUGGUGUACACCUUCCCGCACCUCACCAUCCAAGAGUUUGUAGCCGCACUCGCUCAAUUCCUGACUGUAGCUCCCAGGAAUAUCGUGAAACUCCUGUCUGAAGCCCACAGCGCGACAGACGGGCGAUUUGAAGUAUUUCUCCGUUUUGUCGCUGGUCUCUCCUCCCCACGGUCAGCUCGGGUCCUGGAGGAGUUUUUGGGUCCAUUUCCUAAUGAAACAACCUGCCGAGUCAUUGACUGGGUGAAGGAGGAGAUUAAACGCCAGGCUGGAAACACAUGGAGUGAGUUCGGUAAACGGAGCCUCCUGAACACGCUGCACUACCUGUUUGAGUCUCAGAAUCCUGCACUGGCUCAGCAGACACUGGGAUCUGUAGAAACACUUUCAUUCCGUGGACUGGGACUGACCCCGAUUGACUGUGCGGUCCUGUCUCAUGUCAUCCGGUGGCGUUUUGGCCUUCUGCACGGAACGGUCAUCUCCCGCAUCGGGGAAUGUCAGAUCCCCCGCGCUCGGCGAUCGAACCCCGCGUCGGGGCUGGUCGAGCCUCUGCGUUUGUUGAUGCUCCCAACUAGCUUCUCCCGAGACUACGAGUUCCCGAUGUAA